UCGCACUAGUGACGGAUACCGUACAAUUUAUUCCCACAAGUCAUUGCAGCACGUCGACUAUUUUGAUAUGUCUUGUUUCUUAAACGUCUAUCGGGAACGUGAAACUAUUUGGAUUUAAUAUUCAUCAGUCCUAUAUUUUAAUAUAUCCUUUCUUGGAUUUACAGAAGGUGACGACGCCGUUGUUGAAAGAAAAUAAAAGAACAGAUAACCCGUUGAAAAGAAGGACUCGUAUGGGAAGUGUAUGUCAAUGGGUCGGCCCAAGCACUGAUGCGGGUUCUCUUGAACUGAUCGGGACGUGUAAGGGGUAGUUCAACUGCUGUGCUACUGCUAUAACUGCCAUGGAUCAGCCUGAAAAGUCAGAAUCACCACAGUUGUCGGAGACUGAACAAGAUGUUACCAGCAUGUUUAAUUGCUGUUCUCCAUCGCCUCUUGAUGAAAAAAGAGACGAGAGUGAGGACGAACGGCCAAGACUUAUUAAUCCAACGAGUAAAGAGUUCAAGAAGACAUGGGGAUUUCGUCAGACUACUAUUGCUAAAAGAGAGAGUGCUACAGAGUCAGACGAAAACCCUGAGCAGCAGCAAAGUCCUUUGGUGCGCAGAAGUGGCCGUCAGAUAAAGAGAACCGAACGAAUAAAAGAAUUUCUGAAUGAGGCUAGACGUCGUGCAGGAAAAAGGUUGUUGCACAGCCUUGAUGAUUCCAGUGAUGUUUCCACUCCAACAGCUGGAGAUCCAGAGACUUCUUCUGUAGGUAGUUAUGAGGGCAUCACAGACUGCCAUUCUAGUGAAUGUUUCGGAAGUGCCAGUGAACGUUUGUUGUCUGCUGUAAGUAUCCAAGGUAGAAUUGAUGAAUCCAUGAAUUCAGAUAGCGAUAGUGAUAGUGAUGAAAUGACAUUAAAGGAAUUGCAGAAUCAGUUGAGGAAGAAACAUUCUGAACUGAUCACCCCUUGUCUGGUUAAUAUUGUAAAGAUGGACCCUUUUAAAGGCGAGCCCAAGAGUGAAGUACGUACUCCAUUUAUAAAGUUGCGUUCACCUCUCCAGGAAAGGAAGGAAGUUUUGAAGUCUUUACCAGCAGAGACAGACAGCAGCUUAAUCCCUAACGAUGACGAUCUCAGAAUAAAGAAAGUGGAGGUUUAUGAUCCAAAAGCACUAUACUGCAUUUGUCGACAGCCUAACAACAACAGGUUCAUGAUUUGCUGUGACAAAUGUGAAGAAUGGUUUCAUGGUGACUGCAUUGGCAUCUCAGAAGAGCGUGGUGUCUUGAUGGAGAAAAAUGAAGAAUACUAUAUUUGUCUAAACUGUAGUAUCCUGCAGGGCCAAAAUUUGGAAAUUAACUCCUUUACAUCAGGAGUGGAUAGUGCUGUUUCCCAGCUAGCCAGAGUCGCAGCAAGCAGUGGAGCACUGAAUAUGGAGGAUCAGGGCAUUAAAGGCAAGAUCGAAAAGGUUGCAGACAAAAGGGUGAAAAAGAAACUGUGGAUCUUUCGGCCUAUUGCUGUUGCAUCGCCCUUUCCAAAGUGCAUUGGCCCUGGUUGUGUGAGUUUGGCCCAGCCUGAGUCUGUUUAUUGCAGUAGUGACUGCAUUCUGAAGCAUGCUGCAGCUGCCAUUAAGUCUCUUAGUGAGGGUAAGGACCAGAAGUCAAAGGAUAAGAAAGUUAAAGUGGACAAAUCUGCUCCAGCAAAAAGUAUUUCCCAGGUAGUUCAGAAGUCUCCCAUGGAGUCAAAGAAGCUGUUUCCAGACAUGAGUGAAAUUAAGAUGAAGAAUGUGGUGGUGGUAGUCCAUAAAAUGGAGGGUGCUCCUAUUCAGACGGUCAAAGACCCAGCCUUUGAAUACAGUGCAGUGUCAUGGGCCAGUGAUCAUACUUACAAUGCUGUUAAACCUGAAAAGACUGCAUGCAUUGCAUCAUCAGCAUUUUACAAAUCACCAACUGAGAAAGAAAAGGAAAUAUCCGAAAGCAAAGUAGUUCAUCCUACUGGAGCACCGAAAAAGCUGGCUACAUUGGGUCAGACUGGAGUGACACCUAAACCAGUUGCUGUCUCAAGUGGAGUAGUGAAAAAGUCUGUUGUUUCACAAACUGCAGCACCUAAAAAAAUACCAAGUGCUUCCAGCAGCACAGCCAAGAAACUGUCCACUGUGCCACAAAACUACUCAUCUGCUACGUCUACUGCAUCUCCUCACACUAUUUUAUCUGCCAUCACUUCUCCAUUUGCAGCCACUGUGUCCACCUCCACUACUGCUGCGGCCACCACUACCACAGCAUCUGUGGUUACAGAAGCUGUAGCCAAUACAAGUGUUCCCACUAAGCCAUACUCCAUUCCUAAGAAGUCAAGCAGUUCCUCUAUUGCGUCUACAACAGCUGGUCUUAAACGACUUAUGAGCCUGACAAGUUCUGCUAGUUCUGUCACUGCACCAGCUAAAGAAAAAUCUCCAGUGCCACAAGUCAAAGUAGCUGCUGCUGCAGCCCAGCCCCAUUCUAGUCAGUCUGCUGUCCGUCUACAGACUAGUCACUCUUCUGCCCAGCUGCAACCAAACCAGCCUCCUGACCAACUGCAACCAAGCCAGCCCCCACAACCCAAUAUCCAGAUUCGACAAAAUAUUAGACGUUCACUGAAAGAAAUUCUCUGGAAACGAAUGAACGAUAGCGAUGAUUUGUCAAUGACAGAGAAUGAGGUUGGCAAGAUCGCUCUUAACAUUGAGAAGGAGAUGUUCAGUUUAUUCCAAGAUACAGACAGCAGAUAUAAAAGCAAAUAUCGCAGUCUUAUGUUCAACCUUAAAGAUCCUAAGAACAAGGGUCUCUUCCAUCGAGUUCUUAGACAAGAAAUUCCAGCAGUAAAAUUGGUGAGAAUUAAACCAGAGGAACUAGCUUCAAAAGAACUUUCUACAUGGAGAGAGAGAGUUAGAAAACCACUGAUGGAUUCUAGUGGAAAAGCUUCACUUGACAAUAGGAAGAUGUCUGUACCUUAUGAACAUGCUUUGGACGUAAAUAUGGAGGAGUCUCCACCGAUGUCUGAUUCAGAUGACCAGCAAGAGCCAGCUCAUACUGUUAGCGAAAAAAGUAGUGCUCCAGUACCAAUACUAGAUAUUUUCAGCAGUAUGUUAAAAGAUACAACCAGUGAACACAGAGCCCACCUGUUUGACUUGAACUGUAGAGUGUGUACGGGCCAAAUUACAGCAUCAGAGGAGGAGCCUCAACCAAAAAAGCUAAAGAUGUCUGCAGCAACUUUUGCUAAAGUUCCAGAGUCAAACUCCAAGCCAGAAACUACAGUAGGUUUGUUCUCAGGUACUGAGCAGUUGGACCUUGUGCUAGAUUCUAUUGGGUAUCUUGCAGAAUCAAGCUCCUCAGUAAGUUCUCGGACUGUUACAGAAGCUGCCACUGUUCUUCCUACAUCAGAGUCCAGCAGUUUGGAAUCUUUAUCAGUUCAGAUUACUGGAUGUACUGCUAGUACUGGUAGUACUGUUACAGUUUCACGCAGGGAUCCUAGAACUGCAGUGAGUCGUCCAGCUGUCACAGUGACCCCACCUCAAGAUUUGUCUACUUCUAAGUUGGGAGCUACAUCAAGUGCAAGUGAAGAACCAAAGCCAGAUGCAGUUAAAACAGCUUUGACAACUUUAACCAUUCCAAAAUCAAUAUUAAUGAAGCCCACUUCGUCUUUGAUUAACAACAGCUCUGAAUCUCGAACUCUUCAAGAUGGUGACACAUCUGUUUUCCUGUCACGAAUUGAUGCAGUUUGGAAAGGAUUUCUAAAUAUGCACAACGUAGCCAAAUUUGUCACCAAGGCAUACCCCGUCUCUGGUCCCAUUGAACAUCUCAGUGAGGAUUUACCAGAUACUAUCCACAUUGGUGGUAGAAUUUCACCCCACACAGUCUGGGAUUAUAUCAGCAAACUUAAGUCUUCUUUUUCAAAGGAGCUGUGUGUGAUUCGAUUCCAUCCUGCUACAGAUGAAGAGGAAGUUGCCUAUAUUUCACUGUACUCCUAUUUCAGCAGCCGCGGGCGCUUUGGUGUUGUAGCUAAUAACAGUAGACAUAUCAAAGACCUCUACUUGAUUCCUCUGGGUGCUAAAGACCCCCUUCCAUCCAGGCUAUUACCUUUUGAGGGGCCAGGAUUGGAAACAUCCAGACCAAAUCUUCUUCUUGGGUUGGUAAUAUGUCAGAAGAAUAAACGUCCAGCAGAUCCUGAAAAAGUGUAUGAAGAAAAACGUAGUCGAAUUCAAGUGCAAGAGGAAGACAUAACUGUUCCUAAAGUCUUUACGCCUGCAGUAAGUACACCACUACCUAGGUCCUCUUCUCCAGAUUCUGUUGUCGAAACAUCUGCUAAAAUGCCAUCAGUGUUAACAUUACCAUCACUAAAAACAGUAACUACUACAGAAUCUAGAGCUUCUGCCUUGGCAACUACAACUAAUACGACUGCUGUUACAGCUGUGUCUGCUCCCCCAACUGCUUCAGCUUCAAGUCAGUCAACGACACCAUUAGAGCAUAUAUUGAAGACAUUGUUUGGUAAAAAGAAACCUUUUGAAGUUGCUCCUGUACAACAAUCUUCUGAGACACUCAAGUCAGAGGAAAAUAUCCAUCCAGUUUCCAGUCAAGAAUUAGUUGCUACUCCACUUUUAGAUCCAAUAGUUCAACAGUUUGGUCAGGUUACAAAAAUGAAGGCCACUGAUGAGGAAGAAGAUGAUAGGCCAUAUGACCCAGAGGAAGAAUAUGAUCCAGAGAAAGCUUUUAAAGAAGAUCCAUCAGUUGAAAAUGAGAAAGCUGCCAGUGAUGCAUCUGACCUUGAUGAAGCUUAUGAUCCUGAAGAUGAAACUAUUUUUGAGGAAGCUAAAGUUCCUGUUGACACGAUACCUAAAAUACCAUUGGACACUAAAAGCAGUAGCUUGGAAUUGUCCACAGAGUAUCUGCCCUCUCUCUCUACUUCAUCAUCAUUAAUAGAACAUCAGAAAAUGUUAGAAGAGUUGAAUAAGCAAAUAGAAGAACAAAAAAGGCAACUUGAAGAACAAGAAGAAGCUCUAAGACAGCAAAGAGCUGCUGUUGGAAUUUCCAUGGCUCAUUUUUCAGUCUCUGAAGCUUUAAUGUCUCCACCUCCAAAAUCAAUGUCAAAAUUGGAGCUCUUCUUACCAGAUAGUGAACCAGAUGAAAAGGAUUUUUUUUCUUCUUCUCAGGUAGCACAGAUAAACCAGAACAGAGACCCAAGACAAAGCAGAGAAGCAAGUGCGAAAAGUGCAGUAAAAGAUCUACUUUUAGAAACCAACCAAAGUUCUGUUGACCCAGUAGAAGAAAAAUCUGCAGAUAGGACUAAGUCUGGAAUUCCUCAGAAACCAAUGAUUCCACCGUUUCCUAAUGAAGAAAAACAAUCUGUUUCUGCAUCUCUGAGUAAAGAUAAUUCACAGCAAGAUGAUUUAAGCAAAAUGACUGAAAAAGAUCCCAGAGAUAAAAACACUCUUGAACUUGUUAAUCGGUCUGUCCCUAAAGCUGGUCCUGCAGUAAAUAACGAAGACUUGGUUAGUGAAAACCGGCCAGUGCGUAAAGUAUUGCUACCAACACCCCCUCAUACUGCUAUCUCCCCUCCUGAUGAAACAAGUUCACAUAAGCUGUGGUCUGAUAAGACACACGAGUUUCAUUCUUCAGCUGCAAAAGACCAGUAUUCAAAUUCAGGUCCAGUAUUCCAACCUUCAAAUAUGUCUCCACAUUUAGAAACUGAUAGAAAAUCUACUUUUGUUUUAGAAGAUCAAAGACAUUUAUCCCCCCAAAUUUCUGAACAAAGAAACUCACCUGUCCCACUGGUAGAAGGACAGAGAGUACCACCACCACCACUACCACCACUACAGUUGCCAGGGCAGGCAGGGCCACCUCCAAUAUUUGCUGGGCAAAUGGAACCUCCUCCACCUUUUUUUGUUGGGCCAAGAGGACCUUCUCCAUCUGGUUUUGAAGGACAUGGAGGACCUCCUCCACAAUUUAUAGGGGAACGUGCUCCACCACCUCUCUCUGAAGGACAAAGAGGUGGCCCACCAGUCAGAUUUGUGGGACCACAAGGCUCUAAUCCUCCAAAUUUUCCUUUACAUCAAGGUCCUCCUCCACCACCACCACCACUUCCACCAAAUCAGUUUGGAGAAAACAGAGGACCUCCACCAUCUCAUUUUAUGGGACAAAGAGGAAUGUCACCUUCUCAGUUUGAAAACCAUAGCAGACCACCACCACCACUGCCACCAUUCCAGAAUAUUAAUUCCCAGUAUAACAGUACUGGUAGCCAUAUGCAGUAUGAUUCUACAGGAAAUCCACCACCUCAGUUUUUAGGAAACAGAGGACCUCCACCCUUCCAUUUUGGAGGCCAGAGGGGACAUCCACCAGGUCAGAUAGGUAGAAGACCACCCCCACCUUCUCAAGUAGGGGGUCCACGAGGACCUGGAUUUCAUUAUGGAACAGCAAGAGGACAAACUCCAGCUCAGUUUGAAGGACAAAGAGGUCAUCCUUCAACACAGCAAGGAGUUGCAAGAGGUUCUGUAUCUCCUCAGAUUUAUAAUACUAGACCUUCACCACCUCACUUUCAAUUUCAGGGGCAGCCACCUCCACAAGCCCCACCUCCUCAGGGCAUGAGGCCUUCUCCCAGACCUUUUCAUGAUCCUUAUAGUCAGUCUCCUCAACAUGAUGCUUGGAAUGAAGGUGAAGCAGAAUUUGCUAAGCAAGUUCCAGGACAGAGUUCUGAGUCAGAUCAUUGGUCAAAACUGAAGGCUAGAGAUCCUGGAAAUGUGGAAAAUAAGAGUUUGCCUUAUGAAGAAAGACAAAGAGGAAGAUAUGAGGCUGAUAAGGAGCAUGAUGGUCAUGGAGAACACCUGCAUCUUGAGAGCCGUCAAAUUAGAGGGUCAAACAGUAGGAGGAGAGGUCAAGAACACAGAAAAUCUUGGGAGAGGGGUCGUGACAGAAGCUGGAAUAGAGAUCGAGAAAAGGACUGGGAAAGAAGCAGGGAUAAAUUUCAUGAAAGAGGCUCAAAUCGGGGCAGAAUCCGAGAGAGAGAGAGAGACUGGGAACGUAGCAGAGUCAAGAGCAGGAGAGAGAGAGAGCGUGAUUCUGAGAGAGACCGUGAUUCUGAUAAGGAUCGUGAUUUUACAAGGGACAGAGAGAGAGAUUCAAUAAAAGAAAGAGAACAUGAUGUUGCAAGGGAGAGGGAUUUUGAUACUACAGUGGAACGGGAGCGAGAAUUUGCAAGGGAACGAGAUCGUGAAUUUGGGAGAGAGAAAGAUCGUGGUUCAGUGAAGGAAAAAGAUCGUGAGCCUCCAAAAGAAAGGGAUCGGGACACUGCAAGGGAUAGAGAGUAUGAUUCUGUAAAGGAAGUGGAUCGAGAUUUGGGAAAGGAAAGAGAUCGCAACCCUACAAAAGAAAGGGAUCGUGAUGCUGCCAAGGAGAGAGAACGUGAGUGUUUAAGAGAGAAAGAUCGUGACUCUGUACAAGAUAGAGAUUACGAUUCUGGAAGAGAAAAAUAUCGUGAGUUUGUGAGAGAGAGAGAGCGUGAGCCUGACAGAGAGUUACAUAGAAAACGAGACAAAGGCAGAGACAGAGAGAGGGAACGGAUGAGAGAGAGAGAAAAAGAAAGCAACAGAGGUCAUGAUGGUGACCCUAGAAGCAAAAGUAAAGAAAAAGGAAAAGAUUUCAAAUUGGAAAGACAGAAGAUGGGAGAAAAAUUGACAGAAGUGAAAUCUACAAACCAGAGCUCAUCCUCACAGUAACAGUGCCGAGUUUUCGUCUGUACUUACAUUGAAAAAUGUAAUUUGACAUUAUGCAGUCUACAGUGAUUCAUUUCAUAUGGAACUUGAAUUGUUUUCCUCACAUAGAUUAAAAACAAAACAAAUUUGUGAAAGGUUUUAACAGACUGAAAAUUGCAGCGAUGAGCAUAAUGAAGUUUGUCUUAUCUGUUCCUUAAAGGAAUACUCUUACACUUUGAACUAUGUAUAUUUAUUACAAGUUACACAGAUUGUAUAUAUUGUUUUAUUCUUACAUGAAAGUUCUUCAGUUAAAAUCACUUUUCCUAAAACAACAUAGACAAAGCAUAUAAAGACAUUGAACUCCGUGAAUGUUUAUGUAUAAUAUGGAUCCAGAAAAAAAAUUCAUUGCUUAAUUUGAAAGCCAUACGUUAAAUUUUUUGUAUACAGUUUCUUGAUAUGUAGACACCAUUUUUUUUUUUUUUUUUGUAGAGAAACUGGAGGUAUUUGUUUCAUUUGCUGUAUGACAUGUUGAUAAUGGCUUGGUGGUUUAAAUUGUUGAAAGUGUCCAAAAUAAUGUAAAUAUUAUAAAAUGCAUAAUAUGCUUUGAAAAAGCUAAUCAACCCUGUACAUAAAAUAUUUCAGAGCUCUAUUUUCCAAAAUUAAUUGGGCAGAUUAAAGGAGUGUAACUGUUCAGAAAAAAAAAAUUAUUGUGUAAAAUAUUCCAAGAGGAAAGUUUUCUGUCACAUACCUUUCCAGUGUGGAAAAAAGGACCUGUUUUUGUUUUUCUACAAUUUUCCCUUGCUGCAGAAUACUUAAGUAAAACAAACGUUUGUUCAACUUAUGUGGUACAGUUUCCUUUUGUGUAAAAAAAUGAGGUUAGAAGGCUUAAAAAAAUUGCACUUUCUUCGUUGGUAUUUUAACAUGUCUCUUGGAGACAAAUGUUGAAAUUAGAGCAAUGCUGUUUAAAAUAUGUAUUUGAGAUAUGUACAGUACUGUACAUAAAGAUUUUUAUAGAAAUAAGAUUGUAUAUAAUACUGCAUUACUGUAAAUUCCAUUAAGUUGUAUUUUAUAACUUAAAAAUCACUGCGUAUGAAAAUUUCACUGUCUGCAGUGUAACUCUUAUUUUGUAAUAAACCCUGUUGAGGUGUA